CAAACACUCAAGCCGCACACGAUGAUCGACAUCUCACCAGAGAAUGUCACGUCGUCGUACGGCCUCAUCAAGCGCCUGCGCGAACUGAAAUCAACAGAUCAUCAGUACAUUGCCGUGCGCAACUAUGUCCAGAACAAGAUGGAGAAGGGCCGUGACGUCGACCUGAUAGAGGACAAGCUGCGGGGCAUCGAGGAAAAGUGCAAGGUGUACGGGCAUAUCCAGGACAAGACUGGCGAUGCGUUUGUCCGCGUGCGCUCAGAGUAUCACCUCAAGCCGAGCGCAUACUUUCGCGGCCGGGCCGGCGCCGAUGCCGACGCCGAGCGCCAGCGGCGGGCAGCGCCGGUCGCCCGAGUGGCGUCCAACACGCCCGGUGGGGCACCUCCGCCGUACAUCCACCACGAGUCGUACGAACCAGUAACGUACGAGUUUGUGCCCGCAGGCGCAGGAGGCUACCCAGUCCAGGCGGUGUAUGCGGCGUCUUCACCGGUCGACUCUGGGCCUGGGUCACCACUCGGCGCGGCGUCCCCACCAGCUCCGUCGUCGCCCUCACCGAUCCAAACACCGCCAGUAGUGGCGCCGGCAGCGCCAAGCCCAGUGCCAAUCCCCAAGCGCGAGUCGAUGCCAGGCCUGCCGUCGUCCCUGCUGCCAUCGCCGACAAGAGCGUACACACUACCUGAAGAUCCACUCAGCCGGCUAGCAGACUUCAACACCAUCUUCCUGGUGGACGACAGUACGGCGAUGACACCAGCCCGAUGGGAGCAGGCACGGCAGGCUGUCACCUCGGUCGUGGAGAAAGUCAAGCCACAUGCCGCUGUCGACAUUGCGUUCCUCAAUAACGAGACCACCGGCGAUGGACUGGCCUCGACAGAGGCGGUGGAGGGGCUGUUCGAGGCGGUCCAGCCACAAGCACAAGGCAGCAGCAGCACGACGACCACAGGCAAGCGAAUAGGCGCCAUGCUCGCAGCUUAUAUGACGGCGCUCGAGUCCAACCCCGAAACCAAGGCCCUCAACUUGAUCGUCCUCAGCGGAUGGGAGGCCCCAACCGACGACAUCAAGGAGUCGUUGGCCGCGACCGCACGGCAGCUCGACGAGGGCGGCUUCCCCGUGUCGCGGGUCAACGUGCAGCUGGUGCAGAUUGGCAACGACCUCGAGGCGGUCAUGGCUCUUAUGCGCUUUGAACAGGCGUUGGGCGAGCGGUACACGUUCAUGGUCGACACGAACACGUACGACCCGAAGGAGGGUGCGGGGGACAAGACGCUGCGGAUCUUGCUGCGGCGGGUCGGGCGGGGGCGGAGGUAGCGGCACAUUGUGCGUGAGGCAGGCAGGCGCAGGCAGGCGCAUAGAGAUUGGGGCUGUCCAGUCGACAGUAGUAGCUGGAGUCUGUCCACGCGCUGCUGCACGCGCCGCUGCACGCGCCGCACGCGUGCUGACGGUACACGGGAUGCCCAAGCCGCCCACUAGCCCGUUUCAUCGGGCUCCCAAGACGGCAUGGGUAUCGAGUUCGAGGGUUGUAAGACUUGUUGCAUGGAUUGUCAUUGUAGCGG